CGCGUGGCGUGCAGUUUAUUUGAUUUAGCCCGCCACUCUAGAGCCAUUCUGCCGUACAAUGGCUUCUCUUCAUUAUUUAGCGGUUUUCGCAAUCACCCUAGCGGCUGUCUCAGCCAAUCCUACUGGUCGCGUAGUCGGCGGCUCUGAUGCUAUAGCCGCACAAUUUCCACAUCAAAUCUCGUUGCGUAUGGAACAUCGACACAUUUGUGGCGGUUCGAUUAUCGCCACCAAUUACAUCUUGACAGCGGCGCAUUGUGUGGUCGAGUCGGGCACAACAGCUUAUCCCGCCGAAAGUUUCACAAUACGCGCUGGCACACACAAUCGCAUUGCUGGCGGUGUUAUCGUGCAGGUGAAACGUGUAGCCGUGCAUCAAGGUUACUCGAGCGUUGAAAAUGAUUUGGCUUUAUUGGAGUUGGAGGAACAUUUGACAUAUUCUACAAAGAUACAAGCCAUACCAUUGGCUAGCGCUGAAGUGCCAGCCGGCUCUGAGGUUAUCAUCUCCGGUUGGGGUUUGACCGAGAAUAAUGGUGCUACAUUGCCCAUCCUAUUGCAAUGGAACCACGUUGAGGCCCUCAGUAAGAGUCAGUGUUUCCGCAAGAUCUUGAUGUCAUCGGAUGCUUUGCUAUGCCUUGAUCAUCCUAAGGGUGCUGGCGCUUGCAAUGGUGACUCUGGUGGUCCAGCUACGUAUAAUGGUGAAUUGGUGGGUGUUGCUGGUUUUGUGGUGAUCGGCUGUGGUACUUCACGUCCCGAUGGCUAUGCUAAGGUGUUCUAUAACCUCGAAUGGAUUCAAGAGAAUAUGAUUUAAAGGGGUUUUUUCAUUGUAUACGGAACAAUUAUUCAUAAUUAAUAAAAAA